CCUUCCCCAGCCUCAGUUGAGAGACCACACUCACAGCUGCGACCCGUAAAAAGUGCCAUUAUUUUUAUGUGAUCUGUGAUAAUAUAUUCGUGAAACAAAAUGAAGCUUCACUUAACACUGGUCGUUGCGGUUGGAUUAUUUUAUUCAGGUGAUUGUCAGUCGCUACAGUGUCCGAAGGUUCGUACGACUAGCGGAUGGCUGGACCUCUUUCCUAUACCGUGCCAGAAGAACAAAGACUGUAGCGUCAUGGGCGCUCAACAUGUUUGUUGCAAAGGUUUCUGCACUAAGGGGAUAAAAGCGGCUUCGCAAUUACGAGUGGCGAGUAGUGUUACCGAGGCGAGCACAAGCUCAACUUCAAGCACCACCCCAAGCACAAGCACAAGCACAAGCACUAGUACCACAACAACCACAACCACAACCACAACCACAACGACCACUACAACCCCGAGUACCACCAGCACGACCACAACGACCACGACCACGCCGCCGCCGACCACGACCACGACCACAGAGUCACCGCGACCUUUCCUUCAAUUACUACCAAUACAAACAACACCGAAGAACGCUCCAGUCAAAUCAGCGAAGACUCAGAAGCUGGUGUGUCCAAAACAAUCGGCGCCAGUGAAUUUAUUUUCUAUACCGUGCGAUAAGAACUCGCAGUGCCGAGCUAGUAGCGGACCGGGGCAGGUUUGCUGUCAAGGCCAAUGCGUGAAGGGAGUGCCAGCCCCAAUUUCUGAACAGACACACCAACCUAUCCUUGGUGUGAUACCUCGCGAGUGUCCGACCGCGCCUCUCGGUGAGCUACUCUUUGAGGUGCAAACCUGCAAGCGUGACUCCGACUGCUGGCCGCGUGUGUGCUGUCCUGAUGGAGGGCGUUCAUACUGUCGUACAGCGCGAGCUCGUCUCGACCUUGUGCCAGUCGCUAAUAGGAUUGAAGCGCCCGUACGUAUGCUGGAGUCAUACUUGCAGUGUACGGCACCACCAGCUCGUGAACUGUUCCCCCAGCGUUGUAGCUCCAGCGUGGACUGUUUCCCCAAUCUUUGUUGCGCGGAAGGCGGAGUUAAGAACUGCCGCCCUCCAGCCAGGAGCCUAUUUGCAUUACUUGCCGGAGUCGCCCAGCGAUUGGGCUGAUAUAUGAAAAACGUCAAGGAACAUCGCAGUGAUAAUAGAUAUACUUAAAAUGUAAAUAGAUUAAAUAAAUUAUAUGUAGUAUUAUUUUUUUCAUCUCAAUUUUUAUUAAAUUUAUUUAAAUAAAA